GGCUGCUCCUUCAGACCCUCCUUCCUUCCUCUCUCCGCGGUCACGCUGUCAUUUGUCACCGGCUCCCGUGCUCUGACAGAAAAACCGGUUUAAAAAUGAAGAUCUGGACGUCAGAGCACAUUUUCAACCACCCAUGGGAGACGGUGACCAACGCUGCCAUGCAGAAGUAUCCCAAUCCCAUGAACCCCAGUGUCUUUGGUGUGGAUGUUCUGAACAGAGGUGUGGACACAGAGGGACGGUUACACAGCACCAGACUGCUCAGCACAGAGUGGGGGCUCCCCUCUUUGGCCAAGUCGAUGUUUGGGGUAACAAGAACAUGCACGUACGUCCAGGAACAUUCAGUAGUGGACCCCAAAGAGAAGAUCUUUGAGCUGCAGUCUACAAACAUUUCCUUCACUAACCUUGUGUCUGUGGAUGAGAAGUUAACAUACAAGCCACAUCCACAGGACCCGGAAAAGACGGUGCUGACACAGGAGGCUCUGAUCAGUGUGAAAGGUGUCAGUCUGAGCAACCACCUCGAGGGUCUCAUGGCCAAGACCAUAUCUGUCAACGCCAGCAAGGGUCGGGAGCGAUGGAGUGGGUUAUCAGAAGGUUAAACACAGAAAUUGACGAGCUGGCAGCUACUGCUCGUGGUACCAUGCGCUCUUCUAUGGCAAGCAGCAGUUGCAGACAAUGAUCCCGGUCUUCCCGGCCGCUUACUUCCACCAUCAUGAAUCGAUGGGCCUUCUCUGACAUUUUCCCCUCAAAGGGGACAUCACCUCAUCUGCCAACACAGCCUAAUAAACCACAGCCCCAUCCUUGGCCCUGCGUUUUUUUGUAAUGAGAUCACUGUUGGUCCUUCCUCAGCAGUCUGCGCCCACAAGUUUUUACAGCGGUCGCCGCAGGCAGUGACGGGGGAGCGUUGAGCUGAUGACAGUUUUAAAAUUAAACAAGUUUAAAUUGGACUGCACUUGAAGCUCAAAUGACUUGGUCUUGUGAUGUGAAAGCCUUUUUUUUUUCUUUAAUACUUGUAAUUCACAGGGUGCCUCAGAAUCAUCUAACCAGGUUCUCCCCAUUGUCUCACACAUUUCAUCAUUGAUUUCAAAUCUUUGUAAACAAGCAGUGGAUGGCUCAAAUGAAGUGACUUUUCUGUGAGCUUCUGGAUUAACUGACCAUGCUAUGAACAGCAGAACUGACUGUAAUGUCUCAAAACCAAAAGCUACAAUGCAGACAGACUGAAAGUAGAGCCACUGUAUGACAAGUGGAAGUGCUGGAAAUCAAAGAAGCCAGUAUGUGGGUGGAUCAUAUUUGUGUCAUCAGGAAGUCUGAGAGUCAAACUAUGUAAGGGGUUCAAAGCAGUCAUGGGUCAGUGCGAAGGUGUUGUAGGGCAAUGAAGGUCAGCUUAGGCUUGUUAUUUAACAAACAUCUCAAUGUAUUUAAACUAAGUGGAGCAGACUGUUGAAUAGUUGAUACUUCUGGUGGGCAGCUACUGGUUUAUCUGCCACAGCUGUGAGCAUGGUGGACCCGUCUUCAGAAGUGGGUUUCUCUUCUGGGUCACUGUGGUCGGGUUUUGGUUAAAGAAUACUUGAUUUCUGAAGUCUCUUUUUUUCCUUACGGUGAUGUGCUGUACAGUUAAGUGUUACAGUAUGAGAAAUGUGAAUACUGAAUGUUUAACUUAUUUCAGCAUGUGUACUUAAAGUGACAGAAAGUCCUUGAAGGGUGCAAGUAAGAGUGGGCACUGAGCAGCGUGCAAGCAUUCACCAGUGUUUAGUGUGUUGUGAACGCUCACCAGUGUUGUUGGUGGAGCCCUGCAGGGUUACGUUCAGGGUCACGUACUGUGCCUACAUGAGAUGGAAAGAUGGAAAUAACCAGUUUUACACCCUAUAACACUUUAUUCUAACUCUAUUUGUGGCUAUUCACAAACCUUCUCUGUAUGUUCUUAACACUUAAUUUUAUUGUGUUUUUGUUAUGUUGUAUUUGUAACAUUUACAGAGGCUGUUGUCUUGUGGUUUUGUGUAAGUUUGAUGCAGUUUUUUUUUUUUUUAAAUGUUUCUUGCUUGUUUCAUAGAGGACUCUCAGGUGCUACAAUGUUAACAUUGAUUAGUGUCCCUACUCAUUUUUCAAAUACCACAAGGAGAUGGCGAUGUUACAACCAUCUGAUGCUUUCUUGUUAUUUUCACUAGAAAAUGGGCAGAGCUACAAAUGGAAGUUUACACGAGAACGGUUUGUGGUACAACUAAAGCUACUAUACAGUGUUGAAGUGUCCCUUUUGUGGAUUUCAACAGCAUCACAGGUCUUCGGAGAUGCUCCACAGUUAGCGCUUUUGAUCUACAGUAUUACACAUGUACUUCCAGUUCAACUUAUCAUUUUAAACCAUAACUCUCUGUUCUUCAGUCUCAUUAUGUGUUGUCCAGCUCUUGAUCAUUCUGUCUACACUCUGACCUGACCAUGCAGUGUCUCAUUUCAUGAAAUGUGAUGCUUUUUUUUAUGGGGAACAUUUUGAGAACAGUGGCUGUAAAUAGGUUUGUAUUUGUACUUCGAUGGUGUUGCAUUCCAAGAAUGUGAACGUGGAACAAAAUCUAAAGUGUGCACACUGAAAUGUUUCAAAAUAAAGAGAUGUCGUUUCAUGAA